GUGUGAACGUGUGUGAGCCUCCCCCGCUUCCCCCCACGACGGCGCUGAGCGGAGCAAACUGCACCGAACCGCUCCGAGCAGACACGGAUCAGUUGCUCAGUUCCCUGACGACAGCGGUAAGGUGACGGUCUGCGAGGGACCAUCGUGUCACAGUUACCCCGCGUAAAAGGACCGUUUUCGUCCCAUCGGAGGAGAUCAUUUUCGGUGGGUGCGCGCCUGUUGCUCGGUCGGUUAUCCGGCGAGGUUUCCGAACGCGUUCGCAUAUACACGAAUUAUUAUUUACCCGUGUGGUUUUACGUAACUCGAUUUUAUUUCUUUUUUUUUGUGUGCGAUACACGCCGUAAUAUAAAUAUAGAUGUGCCGAUGUUUUCGUGAGCUGGAUAUACCCGUUUGUUGGAUUUGUGUUUUCGGGAGUCGCAACGCUGCAUACACGAUCGGUAAAUAAAUCACCUUUGAUUCUACUCGUGGUGUUAGUGAUUCGAGUGAUGAUGAAUAGACGAUGUCCGUGAAUCUGCGAUGGAUCGCAGGAGAGCGCAAAGGCGUCACGAUGAAAAUGGUCCCGGGUCCUCUUCCUUCGAUACCGACGAGCACAAUGGAUAGACUCGGUCUGCCUCUACCGUUCAACACGGACCUCUUAUGGCGCUACCCGUUGGGCUUCCCGUCAGUCUCGCACCACAACCCGCCGUCCUCGCCCCUUCUCGACUACAAAAGCCAACUACCCGCCUCGCUGCCUUCGGAUCCGCGCGUCUGGAACCGCGACGACGUCGCCUCCUUCCUGCAAUGGGCCGAGCGCGAAUUCGACAUCCAGCCCAUCGACCACGACAUGUUCCAGAUGAACGGCAAGGCCAUGUGCCUGUUGACGCGCACCGAUCUCGCCGAGCGCGCCCCCGGCUCCGGCGACGUCCUCCACAACGUGCUGCAGAUCCUCGUGCGCGAGGCCAACAACCUGCAGCGCAUGCUGCCCAACAGCCCGGUGACGCCGACGUCGCGCCAUCCGUACCCGCUGUCGCCGCACUCGCACCCGCCGACGCCCAAUUGGGGCGGCGUGCACGCCGACGCGACGCCCCACGGCGCCGUCUCCAUAGCGGCCAUCAUGGCGCAGAGCAAUUCGACGACGUUGAGCCCGGCGCCGUCGGUCGACAGCCAGGCGAGCAGCCCCAAGCACGCCGACAACCAGGCCUUCGGCCAUUCGAUAUUCAGCAACGGCAGCGGCUCGAAUCCCAGCGAUUCCGACGAGGACGGGGAUAAUAAGAAGUGCUACGGGGGCAGCCCGCCCAACACGCCGACCGCCACCGCCUACUCGUUCAUGUCCCAGAUGCCAUACUUUCCGCCGAGGAGUCCCAAGGAGCCCGUGCUCAACCCGGCGGCUUUCAAGAACUCUUCCCAGAGGGAGUUCUUCCCCAACGAUCCGUCCGAACCCAAUACCAACGGUCGGUUACUGUGGGACUUCCUGCAGCAGCUCCUCAACGAUCCGGCCCAACGGUAUACCAGCUACAUAGCGUGGAAGAACCGGGAAACGGGCGUCUUCAAGAUCGUGGAUCCGCCGGGAUUGGCCAAAUUGUGGGGCAUCCAGAAGAACCAUCUGUCGAUGAACUACGAUAAGAUGUCGAGGGCCUUGAGAUAUUAUUAUAGAGUUAACAUACUUAGGAAAGUCCAAGGGGAAAGGCAUUGUUACCAGUUUCUCAGGAACCCCACGGAGCUGAAGAACAUGAAGAACAUCACGCUGCGCCAACAGCUGUCGCCGACGACGGUGAAGCCGCCGUCGGGCAAGCCGGACGGGCUGGGGCCGGUGAAAUCGGAGCCGGCGGAGGCGCCGGAGGAGCCGGCGCCGGGACGGCCGGGCGUCGACUACGACGACAAGCCGACGGACCUGAGCAUGGACGGGCCCACCGACCUGAGCAGCGGCGCCCGGCAUAUCAACAUCGUGUGUUCGCCCGAUCCGCCGCUCGGCGGGCCCCACCACUAGCCCGAUGGGAUUCUAAUCGGUCGAGGAUUUUAAUGUUUUUUUUGGUGCCAAUUGAGAAGUUUACGUGCAAAUAGUGAUUUAGGUUGGUCGGGGUGCGACUGUACGCGGGUCACCGGGUUGUUAGAAUCAAAUACAUCGGUGUAUACAGGGCGUCCCUGUAAUUUAUACAUUUUUUUUUACCCGGUCGCUCGCGCCUCGCCUCUAAAAAUCUGUAAAUAGCUUCAUAUAGUUACGAUUAUUAUUAUUAUUAUUUUUGUUCAAGUUGGCAGAGCAGUGCAAUUCGUAUUAUUAUACAGCGAUUCAUGUGCCAAAAGUUUAAUUUAUUAUUUUUGGGACACGCAGACAAAUUUUACUUAGUUGUUAGAGGAUUAUGCGUUAAUAUGGGAAGCUUUGUGUUUGAUUAUUCCGCGGAUUUUCGACGUGUUUAUUUCGAUUUGGAGGAGUUUUAGCGACCGUAAUUGAACGCAAAUCCCCGUCGAAUGUGUUGCUCAAUUAGAUAAAAUGGUUUAGUUUGCGUGCUAGUUCGAUCACGGCGGGUUCGUUUCUGGCGGUGUUUGUGGAAAAUGGAUGUUCCAUUUUCCCCAGCUUUGGCCUCGGCGAAUCUUCGAUGUGCAAUAAAUGAGUUUCAAACAGAUAGAAAUUUUGCAAUAACCACUCGGUCGUUAAGGAGGCAGCUUUAAUUUUUAUUUUUCCAAUUUUUUUUAAGGAAAUUCUAAGUGAUAAUUGUUGACAAUAUCUACGCGGAAACGCGUUUUAGCCUUGAGUUGUUCGAAGACUUCGAAGCGCAGAAAAGAAAUAAAAUACCCACAUUCCAAUUAUUGUGGCUAUUGCCUUAGUUUUUAACUUUUAUAAUGUAAUAAACGAAGAUAAUAAAUAAAGUAGCUGAAUUUUCCAGCUCCACUUCUGUGAUCUCUAAAGAAAAAAAUUGACUCAAAUUGUGUGAUGAUGAUAAUAGGUAUAUUUAUAUACUUGCAUAUUAUAUAUACAUUUGAAAAAUUAUACAUACAGGGUGGAAUGAAUUGUGUAUAAAAAAAGAGCAUCAUAUUUUCUAUAUCAAUCGAUGAAUCGAAAUUUUUCGAAAUGUAAUUUAAUAGACAAAGUAACUAGGGUAUUCAUUUUUGUUAUAACUACCUUGUAUAUUUGUAUACAUAUAUUUUAUAAUUACAAAUGAGGAUUAUAUAGUUUACUCUCGAUUUCUAAUUGUUAAUGAUUUCAAAAAAAAAUAGAACCAUACUCUUUAAGAAACCCGUCUAAUUUUUCUUACCUUAUUCAUUACGCCUAAAUCAAGUAACUGAUAACAAAGUGUAUUAGACUUUAAAUAAGAUUUAUCACAUAAUUUACACCAAAAACUAACAAUACAAAAAAAAUUAACCUCUCAUUUCAAUCAACCUAAUUAAUGUGUGGUGUACUUUGGCGGUUCGAGAAUCUAAAACAAACUUCUUAAUACCCUUCGUACUCGUAUAAAAUGAAGAAAUUCAAACUUACGUGAAACCUGCACACCAAAUCUUCGUUUAUGGACAUCAAAGCACCAGCAUUAUCGAACGUACCGCAAUAAUUCGGUGCCGAAAAUAUCGUAAUCAGUUUCCUUUGAGCGAAAAACUCGUAACCGUCUUCCACCACCUGCGAAAUUGAAAUUUUAGCUGUAUUGGGAUAGGUGUCUCGAGGCUUACCUGGUGUCCCCUGCAUAUCAAAUCGAAAUCGUGCUUCCUCAGGAACUUGGUGAUCACAUCGGGGCCGAACGAAAACGAGACGCCCCUGUCGUUCUGAGUCCAGCCGGGCUCCUGACUGGGGUCUGACCACAGCAAAUCGCACAAAAGACCUGUUUUCACAACCAAGAAAGAUGUAUUUUCAAAAGUUUGUUUACAACGCAACUGUCUGAACUGUCACAACUUACAGCUGUCAGGACGAGAACGUCGUGGCUAAGAUUACAUUCACGUAAAACAUCAACACAAAUAUUCAGUAAAAAUUGCAUUACGUUGCACUAAUCGAUAGAUUUUAUUUACCUUCGAUGGGCACGUCGAUAGGCCGUUGUAUGCUCUGAAUUUGGGCUAUGUGCAGCAGGUCCGGACUCAAACCGCCGUGGCAACAGAAGAUUUUGUCGUCUAUUAUUGCUGCUACAGGUAGGGUGUUGAAAACGUCGCAAAAUAAUUUGAAGAUCUUGGUGGUGUAUCUUCUCUUAC